AGGAGACGUCGCGACUCGGAAGGGACGGCAAUAUGACGACAGAGACCACUCGCACCCAUCAUCACGAGGAGUUCAACGACGAUGAGGUGCCCGAAGAGGGUCAGGAGAAACACGACUGGAAGGCAUUACCGGCGUCCACGACAGAGACCUCCAGAAACGUCGAGCACCUGAAGGAUUACGAACACGGAUUCGACAACUUCUCGAAAGUCAUGAAUCGACAGAAUCUACGAUCGAUUGAGAACCGGACGACUCCGACGGGAUCCAAGAAGGAGACGCCAACGGACAGAUGGUUGGACGACCACUUCGGGUCCAGCGAUGAGAGCGAUAUCGUUGAGACGUCUAACACGAGGACCGGAAAGAAUGUGAUUAAUGUGAGCAGAACUGGGAGGACGUCAACCCCUAUAUCCGCGCUGUCCGGAGAUUACCGUUCAGUCGACCGAAAGAGUCGAUCGCAACAAAAGACCUCAAAAUCGGGACAAAGAUAUACGUCGACCGCUAACUAUUACGUGAGAGACUCGUCGAGGAGUCCAUCGCCGGCCGCCGACUACUUCAGGCCCUCUUCGCGAGCCUCUCGUCGAGAAGACGCGUCGGUUCAGGCGUCCCUUUCCGAUGACGAGGAGAGAUUCAAUGAUUUCAAAAGCAAAACCCAUUCCUCAAGCGUUGAAAAGCGCGAUCGGAGCCGAAAGGUUGACUGGGGGUCCGAGACGCCCACCCGACCCGAGAAGACAUUUUAUUUCGGCGAUGAAAGCCAUCAGAAACAUCAGGGAAAGGAGUAUCGAUCGGACAAAGAGAUUAUAGAGGAUUAUCUCUAUAAACAGAAGUACUCGACAACGGAAGACACGACAAAGAAAAGCGAUUUCAAUAACAACGACGACUGGCGGGGCAGCGGACACGUGACGGCCAACGUUCACGCGAGCAGUAAAUCGACGCUAAAUAAUAGGGUUGUCGACGAAUCCAAGUUUGACGACAACUUCGACCGCAGUUUCAAAGGAGAGAAAGAGAGGGAUGAAGUCGAACACAAUCUCAACCGAUUCAUGGAUUGGGACACACACUAUAAGAGCGUAAAGCCAUUGGACGACAAGUCCUAUUGGGGAACGAGUGACUCAAAAGCCAAUGAACUCAUUCAUCCCAUCAUUAAAGACGGUCGCGAUCUGUAUCCGCCGUCAGACGACUUCUACUCCUCGAGACGAGACCCGUUGACUCGGCAGCGAAACUUUGACUCUUACGUCUCGCCCCCACCCCUGUAUUCCAGCUCCGACUACAAGUACAGGCCCUCCAGUCCGGCGUCGCCCGGAGGCACGUGGACUAAGUCCAAGACGAGGACACGAUCGCCGCUAUUCCGGUCGUCGUCGCCGACCGAUAGCUUCCCAAAGUUUAGCCCCCUUUCCACGAAUGCCCUCCAAAUCAAGAGUUUCACCGACGCCUACACUAACGGUCGAAAUCAUUCAUCAAAAUAAUAAUAAUAUUGUCAUUAAAUUCACGAUUAAUUUCGAGUGGAAGUCGAAAAGCCAUUGAAAUUAUAGCUAAAAUCCUCGAACCAAUUGGACUCUACUUUUCUAUCGGAGAAAAACACUUUUUACUAAAAUAUAAUUUUAAUAUUUUUAUGAUUAAUAUUUGUCCAAAAUUGUGCCAAAAAUAUAUCUCAAAAUUUGUUAACAAAUAUUAAUACCGAAGCGGAGGUGGAAAGGCAUACAAUUCCGGAGUCAACCAAUCAUUCCUAAUAAGCGGGUUUCACUCAAUAAAUAAACUUUUUUUAUAUAUACAACUUGUGGCCAA